CUUACACUAGGAGGGUGCACUCUCUACAAGCCUCUAGAGGAGAAAUCAAGGCCAGCAUCCAAAUAUUUUCCAACAGGGAACACUGGAACUAGUGCCAUAGGAUAUCUUGGUUAUAUUUGUUUCAUUGUGCUAAUACUGCGCUGCUUACGGAAGAGAUGGAUGGAGCACAAUAUUUAACCAAGCCUGUUAAUGAGUCAAAAAUGGAAGAAAAUCAAGAAAAUUGCAGUGAAAAUGAUCUGAUCGCAUUAUCUAUACUAGAUCGGAGAUACAUACCUUCAAAACUAACCAGUGUGGCUUGGGAAGGAUUCUACUUUGUUGGAAAUGAAAUUAAAAUUGUGGAAGCCACGGAUCUCUAUGGAGCUACAGUUUGGCCUUCUGCCCUUGUCUUGUGCUAUUUUCUGGAAAAACAUGGAAAACAGAUUAAUAUCGAAGACAAGCAUGUACUGGAGAUAGGAGCUGGGACUGGACUUGCUUCUAUAGUAGCUUGUCUCCUUGGUUAUAAAAUUAACUUUGAUAAGAGUGAACUCCUUUGGCUCUGUAAAAAUGGUCCCAAGUUUGUAUAUCACCCAUUUAAAGUGGUGGAGUCUUUUCAGUACUUGGGUCCAUGUGAGGCGUGGCAUCCUCUCAAACUGUUUGAGCUGUCCUUUCUACCGGACAGCAUGAAGUGCAGAACAUAG